AAAAAAUAAAAGGGUGCCAAGAAGCUGGGACGAGGGAACGUGGGUGUAAAUAGACAGUGAACGCUCUUGGUCUCUCUCUCUCACUCUCUCUCUCUUCUCUCUCUCUCUCCCUCCCCCUUCUCUAUCUCUCUCUUUCUCUCUGUCUCUCUUUUAUGAAAUCAAUGAACGAGUUAUUGGGUAGGACAUAAAUAUAAGGAAUCAAAGCCUCCACCGGGACCAACGGCAUUGUGCGCUUUUGAUAUGCGUCUUCGCCAAAUGCUACAUGUGUUUUCACAUCAAUGUAAAUAUUGGCUUUGAUAGGACGAGAGCGGAAUCAGCUCUGGCACGGCUUGGUCUCGGAACCAAAUUUUGACCAAGACUUCCACCAGCUUUUUUUUUUCAACGUAAAACGAUUUCUUCACCAUCACCAUCUACUGCUGUUGAACCCAUCCCAACUCACUGGCCGGUCCGAAGAUGGCAACUUUAACCAACGGGCAGGUGGACGGCACGGUGCACGGUGUCGGUGUGGUCUCCGCCAGCACGAACGGGCUCGUGAACGGAUUAAGCCACAGCCACAGCCCGGCGGGCUGCCCGGCCACCAUCCCCAUGAAGGACCACGAUGCCAUCAAACUCUUCAUCGGUCAGAUCCCCCGCAACCUGGACGAGAAGGACCUCCGGCCCCUCUUCGAGGAGUUCGGCAAAAUCUACGAGCUCACUGUGCUCAAGGACCGAUUCACGGGCAUGCACAAAGGUUGUGCCUUCCUCACCUACUGUGCCAGAGAGUCGGCCCUGAAAGCCCAGAAUGCGUUGCACGAGCAGAAGACCCUUCCUGGGAUGAACAGACCGAUCCAGGUGAAGCCAGCAGACAGUGAGAGUCGAGGAGAAGACAGAAAGCUCUUUGUGGGCAUGCUCAACAAGCAACAGUCAGAAGAUGAUGUGCGGCGCCUUUUCGAGUCCUUCGGCAGCAUCGAGGAAUGCACCAUCCUCAGAGGUCCCGACGGAAACAGCAAAGGCUGUGCAUUUGUAAAAUACUCCUCUCAUGCUGAAGCUCAGGCAGCCAUCAGUGCACUACACGGCAGCCAGACAAUGCCUGGUGCCUCAUCCAGUCUGGUGGUAAAGUUCGCCGACACGGAUAAGGAGCGCACCAUCCGCCGCAUGCAGCAGAUGGCUGGUCAGAUGGGCAUCUUCAACCCUAUGGCCCUGCAGUUUGGAGCCUACGGAGCCUACGCUCAGGUGCAGCAGCAGGCGGCAUUAAUGGCAUCUGUAGGCCAAGGAGGCUACCUCAGUCCAAUGGCAGCCUUUGCUGCUGCCCAGAUGCAACACAUGGCGACCAUCAAUGGCCUCCCAGGAGCACCGCUGACCCCCACGUCAGGUGGCAGCACUCCUCCAGGCAUCAGCGCCCCCACAGUGACCAGCAUCCCCUCCCCCAUUAGUGUAAAUGGUUUUACUGGCAUGCCGCCCCCCCAGGCAAAUGGGCAGCCCCCUGCAGAGGCUGUGUUCACCAACGGGAUACACCAUUACCCUGUGUUGCAGGAGGUGGUUUUUAGGGAGGACUCGGAGAAAAACGGCUUGGGCGUGGCUCCGCGAAGUUGUUUUGGGGUUCAGGGUGGCUGCUUCCUCUCCUCUCUCUCUGAAGCUCAGAGUCCCACUGCAGCUGAUCCCCUCCAGCAGGCUUACACAGGAGUCCAGCAGUAUGCAGCAGCCUACCCCGCUGCAUACGGCCAGAUCAGCCAAGCCUUCCCCCACCCUCCACCCAUCAUUCCACAGCAGCAACGAGAAGGACCAGAGGGUUGCAACCUGUUCAUCUACCACCUCCCUCAGGAGUUUGGGGAUGGAGAGCUGAUGCAGAUGUUCCUGCCUUUCGGUAAUGUCAUCUCCUCCAAAGUGUUUGUGGAUCGGGCGACAAACCAAAGUAAAUGCUUUGGGUUUGUGAGCUUCGACAACCCAGGUAGUGCCCAAGCUGCCAUCCAGUCAAUGAACGGCUUCCAGAUCGGCAUGAAAAGGCUCAAGGUGCAGCUGAAGAGGCCAAAGGACGCCAACCGCCCCUACUAGCCCCCGCCCCAGCCAGCCACCGCCAUCCUGGUGGCCGGGGCAGCCGACGCACACCGGGAAAGACAGGUUUUCUUGAGCUGAAUCAUAUGUUGACUACUUGCUACGCGCCACUGAGUGCACACUCAACAUCUGGACCACUGAGGCUGCUUCAGAAACAGAGGAGAGAGAGAGAGCGAUGACCAAGUCAAGGACACCUCCUUUUGGAUGUACUAAAACUUUGGAACUCAGAGAGAAUUUGUACCAGCCUGGUUAGCCCCAGGACCUUUUUCUUCUGCACACAUAUACACACCUCUUUCCCCACAAAACCCUGCUUGAAUGACAGCUAACUUUUCUGGACCACAAAAACUUUUACUUGAACAAAGGGAAAAAAAGUAAAAGAAACUGUAUCAAAUCUACUUACAAUGACCAACCCCACUGAACUUUUAAAGGGAAUAUGGAUGUCAAAAGUCCAACAAGAACAAAACAAACUUUUUAAAAACUGAAUAGAGGAUUGCCGUAGGAGAUCUUUCUGUAAGAUGGUUUGAGUUUGGGGCAAUUGACUUUUGAAGACCAAUUUAUAAGGCUUGAAACAAGAAGGGACAAAUUCCCAGAGACAGAACUUAUGUAGGGAAUGUGAUAUUUUCAGGACACAAAUUGGCUUCGAUUUGGGAUGGCCAUCUUUAGCUCGGAGUGCCUGUCCGUUUCCAGGGGAUACCGUUGCCAAGGAGAGCCAUAGCAACGGUCUCCAGGGAGUCUUACCUGUCAUUCCUUAGUUGUUUUAGGGACCAAAAGACCAAACAUUUUUAUUGCUGAGGACUUGUAGCUCUAACAUACUCGGACCACUGCAUCUCUUUCAGUCAGUGUUAACUGGUUGAGGAGUUGCACUUAAAAGAAGUGUACAUUUCGAAUAUAUACAACACAUGUAUAUAUACAUAUAUAUUGCUGAUAUGCUUUUUGAAUACAGGCAAAACUAUUUCAGAUGACCAAAUGGGGUCUCUCACUUCGCUAGUUUACAAUUACUCAAAAUGUUUAUUUUUUUCUCUUCUCAUUUUGUCUUGGGAGGGAUGGCGAGUGCAUGGGAGGGGCUGCUCCGUAUCACAGCCUUAUCUUUUUUAACUUGACAUCCUAACCUCAUAGAUAGAAUAACAUCAGAAACGUUUGAAAUAUAUGAACUUGUUUAUAUUUGCAGUACAUAUAUAUGUAUAACAAGCAUUCAAGCAAAUGUAUUCAUAUAUACAGUAUAUAUGGAUAAAUAGAUAUUAAUCACAAACAAAUAUAUGUAUUUAUAUGCACAUAUUUUAUAUAUGUGUGUAUGUAUAUAGAACGGCUACUGACUAUGUUGAGCUGUAAUUUUUUGUAGAUUUUAGCUGGAGUUUGAAACAUUGCUCUGCUUGGGAAGAAUCGCAAAUCUGGCAGCUCCCAAAACUGCAGGCAUUCCUAUCUCUGAUUACCUAUAUGCUGACACACAAUAUAUUGCUAAAAGAUACAUGUGUGAGAGUACACAUAUGGUGUAAAUAUUAUCUGAAAAUGCAAAAAGCCACAUCUAAGUAGCAGGCUUUAAGAGAAUCAGGCUAAAUGAUUUUAGAGGAAAAGGACAAUUAUCUUCGACUCUAUUCCAAACAUAUCUUUUGAGCUUACACAGACACAAACACACAAACACAACACAAACAUGCUGACACACACAAACUUCUCUUUGAAACUUGAACCAAAAUGAUUACGUCUCACAACCCUUGCUCUCUUUUGCAUUCAGUAAAGUGCAUGUAGCGUAUGGGCUGUCACCAUGUCAAGGUGUGCCUUGUCACCUGCAGAAUCUGCCAUCAAGCACUGUGCUCUCAGAAAACAAAGAAAAAAAAAAAAAAAACUUAACACACUCUACUGCAAGCAGCCAAUGCGCUAUUAUGAUGUCAAAACUACAGCCAGAUCCAUAUCAUUUUUCAGCCGUGUAGAGAGCUUCAGUGCAUGUCCAAUAUAACAAACAGUACAACCACUGUUGGUCCUUCAUUGUCUUUGGAGAACAAAAAAAUGCAUUUAGAACUAAUGUAGACUCAUGCAAUUACACGUCAGAUAAAAGCGGGCAUUAGGUAACCUGUUAGCACAGGUACUAACUAUCAAAGCUGUGUGCAGGGCACCUGAGACUACGUUCCACUGGCUGGAGUCAAAACUAGGGUAAAGUUCAGGAUUGCGACUGAAAUGGCUUGAUAAGAGAAGUGAUUGAGAUUACUGAACCUGACAUUAGGUUUUAAUGGUUAUGAAGGUGAUGUAAUAUUGAUGAAUAUGUUAUAAUUAGAGAGCUGGCUUCCCACUGAACAGAAUAAGGGAGAAGGUUUUAUGUACUUUCCCAUCCAGCAGUUAAUGUGUGGAUCUCUGCUGGUAAUACUUGACAUGAAGCAUAUCCUUUAGAAGAUGUUAUAUUGCCUUAUGUUAUAUGUGGUGAUACAGUUAAAUAUAAACAUAAAAGCAUAAUGAAACUGUAAAAUGAAGCAAUAAGUGUGAAAAGCCAUUUAUUCAUUACAACUGCUGUAUCACAGAGGCUGGUUUCAUAUUGCUUUAGCGUACAGUUUCUCAUAAUGGUCUACAAAAAUGGUAUGAACACCUACUACAUACCUGCAAAAGGUCAACAGACUUGGAUUUAUUGGACCCUGCGUUCAACACACAUUCAGGUGGUGCAGAUCAGUCAAUGAAUAUUUAUGUUUAUGAAUAUUUAUAAGGCUAUAUGACACUUUGGGAAGACAAUGCUUCCUGUUGGGUGCUGUUACUAGUUUUCCUGUAAACUGCUCAUUAUGCCAUUUCCCUAAUGUCUGUGUCUAACCUUUUUAGCAGAUUGCAUAAUUUAACAUUUACCUACCAAAUCCAGAGAGGCUAAAAGACGCCACAAUCCCAUCCCAGGAUGCGUCUAUUUGUGUGUGCCACAUAACAGUGCCCUGAGCAUGGCAUAUAGUGCAAGCCAGAUGACCAUCAUGAUCAUUUUUUUGCUCUGACAGUAUCCGUGGUGGGUUAGUACAAAACGUCUUGCACAUGUACCUGAGCUAACAAUAACAACUGAAGCUAAAUGUCAUAUGUCUGGUAUCCCAGAUCGCCACACUGUGUGCCCUCUUUGACUGCCCCCCACUGCUCUGAGAAAAUUGAAAAAGGUGUCGACACGGUCUGUGCUUUUCUAAUGGUUUGUUUGAGCAAUCACUCAUGUCUUUCACCGAACCGAGCCCAUGUUUCCAUGUCCAGUGAAAUAGGAAAGGGGAAGCAGAACGACCACGGGAAACAGAAUGUCAAGCACCUCAUCCUCAUUUGCUCCAACUUUAAGCUGCAAGUUUACAUGAGAAAAGUAAAACAAAGUAUAGUGGUUCAAAAACAACAAGAAACAGAGCAGAAGUUUGAAUAUAAAUAUAUAUAUAUAAAUAUAUACAUAAACCGAUGAAUAUACUGUAAAUUGUUUCUUUUUUUGCUCUGUUUUCCUCUGUACAUAGGUUUGCAUAUUUUAUAGGACUUUUACUUCUAUCUACAAGGACUGGAUAAAGUACUUUAAAUACUUAAAAAAAAAAUAUAUGAAUGAAAACAUGAUAAUGCUCAUUAAAACCAGGUACAAAAAAAAAAAAAAAAAUAGUCGCUAGGAUACGGUACAAACUGUAGGACCUGACCAAGGCAUUUAUCCAGAAUACAGUCAGGGAGAGCAUUGACCUCAGUUAGAGCUUAGACACACAUUGACCUAUUUUAUAAAAAAAAAAAAAUACUUUGAUGGGUUCUAUUCAUUUAUCUAUUUGUUUAGAUAUUUAUUUAUAAGUCAUGUCUGAGAUGAUAUGCAUGCUUUCAUGGCAUUAUUUUUCUAUGAGUUGGUACGUGACCAAAUAGUUUUUAUAUAACAUGCAUGGGCCACUGUUGUGGUCCACAGAUGAUCAUUGUUCCUGUCUGCAGGACCAUGCCUUCAGCACUUCUUUGAUGACGGAGAAAAAUGCUCCUAUUGACCAAGUGAUGUCAAAGACAGAUUUUAAUCAUUUAUUUAUGUUUAUUUAUUUAUUUAUUUAUUUAUUUAUUUGUGUUUAUGUAUUUAUUUCUUUGUGCUGUUUGACUCAAGAUCUGAGCUCUAUUAUUUCAUCUGUUGCUUCUAAGUGUUACUUGGUAUCACUACACCACAUAUUACCACUUUAAGUAUUUGGCAAAAUUCUGAUUUCAACAACUUUAAAGACUGAUUUUACAUUUUUCUGUUGCUGAUAACUAUUCAAAACAAUGCAGUACAAUACUAAAGCCUUAUGUAUAUUUGUAAUUAUUAAUUCAUAUGUUCUGUUCUAA